AUGGGGAGAGGAAAGAUUCUGAUUCGAAAGAUUGAGAAUUUGACCAACAGGCAAGUGACUUUCUCAAAACGAAGAAAAGGGUUGAAGAAGAAAGCUAAAGAACUUUCCAUUCUUUGUGAUGCACAAGUUGGAUUGAUUUUGUUCUCCUCUACUCAUAAGCUUUAUCACUAUGCAAGCUCCAGCAUGGAAUCUAUUAUCGAUCGGUAUAAUAAGUUAACUAAGGAUCACCAUCGGGCAAUAGAUACUACUUUGGACGUCAAGAUAUGGCAAAGUAGGAACUCUUUCCUAUUUCAGAAAAAGGACUUUAUCCCAGUGAAGGUGGCGAGAGAUGCAGCGGCCGUGGUUGAGGAAUACUCAAAGGCGUUUAAAAGCCCCAUUAAUUUUGACUAUUUUGGUGUUGUUCAGUAUUCAGGAGUUUCCAAUGGCGUGGAUUUUGUGGCUUUGGUGUACACUGUUUGUUUCCCUGAUGGCUUCACAAUCUGGAGAUGGUGCCUGGAGCCGGUGGCCCUUUUCAAGUGGGAGAAUGUCAUCAUCCAAAUUGAUGCUCUUUUUGUGGCAGAUUGUAUUCAAGGCCAUGUUGUUAUUGCUCAGAUUGUUUUUGUUAUUGGGGACUGCAUUAACCUCUUGUCCUUUUUGAAUUAUGUUUCUAUUAAGUUUAUUAGUCGCAAUUUAAAUCUUGAAGCCCAUAACUUAGUUGGGAUUGCAAAAGUGCUUGGGUCUAGAACUUGGCAUGGUGAGCAGGCUGUUGUAUCUUCUUCCACUUAA